AUGGGAUUUUUUGACAAAAAACAGAAAAAAAAAAAAGAGGAGCAAAAUCAACAACAAGAUGAUAAAUCUAGUUAUGAACCAUUGGCAUUUCCAUCUGGAACAAAUAAACCACCACCAGUAAUAUUACCACAAAAUUCAAGUGAGUUAAAUAACCAAAACAAUAAUAACAAUAUUGGUAAUAAUAGUAAUAGUAAUAAUAUACCAUCAUCUAGACAUUAUAGACUGUCUACUGCAAUACAGCAAAACCCACCAGUAUUAGGUAUACAGCAACAAUUAGCUUUACAAGAGUUACUAAGUUCCUCACCAGCUACAGUUCCAAAUGGUGGCAGUUUAAUAUCACCAUUAAAAUUAAAUUUAAACGCACCAACUACACCAAUAUCAUCACCAAUACAACCAUUUACAUCAAAUAGCAAUACAUCUUCAUCAUCUUUAUCACCAAAAGGUCAAAUAAAUGAACAGGAGCAGCAAAAUAGGUCAUCAAAUAAUAGCUCAAUAAAUAAUAUUACGGUUGUACCAACAAUCGAUACACAAAAUAAUUUUGAAGAAGUUGAAAAUAAAUUAAAAAAAAACUUAUCAGUAUUAAUUGCAUCAGUAAAUGUAAAGAAAACUGAAGUAUGGCAAAGUUGUCCAGAUCUAGAAACCUAUUAUAGAUAUAAAAAUAGAGAAAAUGAAUUUUCACAAUCAAUGUCAUGUGCAAUUUCACCAUUCCGUUAUUUAGAAAUACCGAAAUCAGAUAUUGAACAAAAGGCAUCAAACAACAAUAACUCAAAUCAUAAUAUAAGUGGCUUUAUAAAUAGCUCAUUGUUUAGUAAUGAAUCAUUCUCAGAAGGUUUUAAAGUUGAUUUAAAUUUUGAUGGCUAUAGUGAAUGGUAUAAGGAUAUGAAUAAAAGGGUUAAACACAAAAUUCAAACCAAUAGCAAACUACAUAAAUUAGAUAUAGCGACAACAUCAACACCAUCAUUAACUUUAAAUAAUAAUAGCUUAAAUGAAACAAAUAAAAAUAAUAAUAGUGGUAAUAGUGAUGAAAAGAAUCCAGUUAAAAAGAUGGUUAAAAAUUUCCAAAAGAAAAAAGAAGAUAAACAAGCUCAACAACAAUUAUUAUUACAACAACAACAAGAAAGACAACAACAAGUUCAUAAAGAGCAGUUACUUAAGCAACAACAAUUACAUGAACAAAUUCAAAAUCAAAUUUUAAUUGAAGGUACCUCAAGUCCUGUACAACCUCAAAAACCUUUGACUGCUCAACAACAACUUCAAUUAAUGGUUUCACCAAAUGAACAUAGACAACAUAUUGAAUUUUUAAGAAGACAUGAAAGUAAAAUGAUGGUUCAAAAAACAGUUAACAAUAAAAAAGAAAAAGAAGAUAAAAACAAAACAAAUAAAGAAUCAAAUGAUAAUAAUAAAGAAAAUGAGGAAUCAAAUAUAAAUACUAGUACAAGUAGUAGUAGCAACAACAAUGGAGAAAACUUAUUAUUGUUUAGUGGUGAAAGUAUUAAAAGCAAUGAAAGUAUUAAAAGUAGCAAAAGUAAUAAAAGCAAUAAAAGUGGUAGCAACGAUGAAAAUAUGAAUAUAACAACCUCACCAGCAUCAUCCUCAUCUUUAUUAUCAUCAACCAACAACUCAAUAAAUAACCCAACAAUACCAAUAUCACCAGAUGAAAUUAAGAAUAGAAGACUUACAUUAACACCAGAAUCAUCACCAAUUAAAUCACCACUUUUAGAACUUGAUAGUGGCGAAAAUAGUUCAAAUAUUAUUACAGAUAAUAGUAGUACCAUUAGUGAUGAUAAUAAACAGUCUCCAAAUGGUAUAAAGAAAUUUGUAAAAAUUUUUGGAUUUUUUCGUAAUAAUAGUAAAAAUAAACUUGAUAUUCCAACAAAAAAUAAUAACCAACAACAGCCACAACAAAACUCUCCAUACUUUAAUAGAACAAAAUCAUCAUCAUCCAUUAUUUAUUCAUCCAGUGCCAGUAUUUCAAAUACUUAUCAACAACAAUUACAAAACUAUCAAAAUAUUUCAACAAAUUCUUUAGCCUCAAAUAUUACAAAUAAUAACACAUUAGGAAUUGUUAAUGAAUCAAAUGAAGUCAAUGAAAUGAAUGAAAAUUUCGAAGAUAAUAAUAAUAACAAUAUUAAUAAUAAUAAUAAUAACAAUAAUAUAGCCAAUAUUAGUGAUUGUGAUAGUGAAAAAAUUAAUAUAGAAAAGAAUAGUGAUAAAAAUAAAAACAAUAAUGAAAAUAAUAAUAGUUGUAAUAAUAAUAGUAAUAAUAAUAAUAAUAAUAUUCAAAAAGAACAAUUGGAUAUAUUUAACUAUCCACAAAUUUUAAUGAUAAAUGGUGGACUAGGUAGUAAUAGUAACAAUGGUAAUAAUAGUCCACCAACACUUAGUAGAUCACAAUCACACGCUUCUUUCCAUAGUAGAUUUAAUUUAUUGGACGAUAAUGGAUCAACCCAUAUGAGCCCAAGAAUUUUAAAUGGUGGAUCAAAUAGAUCACCACCAUUCUUAACCCCAAAUACCAGCCAAACAAACCUCUCAUCACUUGUAAAUAAAUCAAACAAACAAAACAAAAACAACGAUGAAAACCAAAAUGAACUUACAAAUUCUCAAACAAUUAGUAAUAGUAGUUAUAGUUCAUUAAAGAAUUCUUUUAAUAACUUGGAUAGUAAUAAUAAUAAUGAAUUUUUAGAAUUUGACAACCAAUCUAAAAAUUAUGUAAAUAGUGACAUCAAUAGUAAUAAUUAUAAUCAAAAUGAAAUCAAUAAUAAUAAUAAUAAUAAUAAUAAUAAUAAUAAUAAUAAUAAUAAUAAUAAUAGUAAUAAUAAUAAUAAUAACUCUGUAAAUUAUAGUAACUCAACUUCUUUAAAAAAUAGUAGAGAUAGUGAAAUUAAAAACAAUAACAACAAUAAUAGUAAUAAUAAUAAUUUAAAUAAUAUAAAGAAUAAUAGUUAUAACCUAUUAGAUGAAAGUUUAAAUUAUAUGGGUAAUCGUAUAAUAAAGCAAAAUGAAAAUGGAGAAAACUAUAUUGAUUUUCAAGAUAAUAUUGACCGUUCAAAUCAUAACAAAUUACAAACAGAAAUUAAAACAAUUUUUGGUCAUAACAGCGGUGGAAAUCUAAGUAAUAAUAGCAAUCGUGUACAUAAAGAUAGUAUUACAGAUACUAAAGAUAUAGAUUCAUUUUCAUCUGAUGACGAAGAUGACGAAGAAUAUGUUGAUGAUGAUGAUGAAAGUUAUUCACCAGAUCCAUCACCCCCACAUGCAUUCUUUUUCAAAACUAUUCAUCAAUCUAAACCAAAACAAUUAAAAAAAUAAAAUUAAUUAAUAGAAUCUUUUUUUUUUUUUUGUAAAAAUUAUAUCUAUUUAUUAAGAAAAAAAAAAAAAAAAAACUUUAUUUAAUUAAAACUUUUUUAUUAC